UGGGUCUCGAUAGUCUCGAUACUCGUCGGCGCGCUGAGGGGACAGUCGGAGGCGCCGGAAGACUAGGAGAUCUCGGGGGAUCACCCGCAACGCGACAGGCCUGAACAGGACCGAAGUCCGGGGAGUGGAUCCGCAUGAUCGUCGCUUGGACCACACGUUGCCUCGUGCUCUCGCAGCCUCGCGGUGUCUCGGCCAGUGAGAAACGGAGAGAGAUCCUCGCGCGUCGUCCUACCCAGCCUCCUUGCCGCGUUCCCGGUGGUGCCGGGUGUCACGUCGUGACCGUUCGCGCGCGGCCAACGAUUCCAGAUCGCAGGGAUGACCGCUUCGAGCGGCAGCAGCAGCCCGCUGCCGAAAUGGCAGCUCGCCCUCGUGGUCGGGGCACCGGUCGCCCUCGGCCUCGGCUACAUGUACUACAGGAACAGGAACAGCGGCGGCGGCAAGGUCGACAAGCCGGAACGCGACAAGUUCAGGAGCGGCGCGGCGGCCAGGGAGAACGGCGCGCCUGCCGACAAGCAGAUUUCCAUCGACGGCGAUUGCCCACCCAAAGUGCCUUCUUCCGAGCCGGAGACUCCUUUACAAAAGGCACAGAGGUAUAAGAACGAGGGAAAUGUAUGUUUCAAAACGGGAAAAUACGAUGAGGCUAUUGCACGAUAUAAUAAAGCAAUUGAUAUUUGUCCGAAGGAGAACGUGGACAACCUCGCAACUUUUUAUCAAAAUAGAGCGGCUGCGUAUGAGCAAUUGAAAAAAUAUAGCGCCGUAAAAGCCGACUGUACAAAAGCUUUAGAACUAAAUCCAAGAUAUGCGAAAGCUUUACUACGCCGGGCACGUGCUUUGGAGCAGGUGGGGGAGUUGGAAGCUGCCUUGGAAGACGUGACUACCGCGUGUAUUCACGAAGGCUUUUCCAAUCAGAAUUCCCUGUCAAUGGCAGACAAGGUCUUGGAAAAACUUGGGAGACAACAUGCCCAAGAAAAUUUGGCGAAUAAAAAGUUUGUAAUGCCAAGCAAGCAUUUCAUCAAAACUUACAUUAUAUCUUUCCCAAAAGAUCCAGUGUUUUCUAGACUUAAAGAUCCGGCGGCGAUUCCAGAUUACUUAAAGAAACCACUACAAGCGUUAUUGGACACGGAAUACGAUGAUGUAAUACCGCUGUGCACGGAAAUCGUGGAAAAUUCCGAUUUCAUUGAGUUUCCUUCGUUGGAACAAGAGGUGCUACUAUUACGAGCUACAUUUCACUUGCUUUUGGGCGAGCACGUUGAGGCGAUUCACGAUUUUGAAACUAUAUUGAACAGCGAAGAUGCGUCCGACGACGUCAAGAUAAACGCCCUGAUAAAGAGGGCGGCCUUGUACAUGCAACUCGAUAAUCCAGAAAUGACUUUCAGGGACUUUGAUCUAGCCAUUAGAAUGGAUGCAUGUUAUAGCGAUAUCUAUCAUCAUAGAGGACAGGUAAAUUUGCUCAUGAACCGUAUAGAGGAGGCUAAGCGCGAUUUUGAAAAGGCCAUCGAGUUCAAUCCAGACUUCGGCAUAGCAUAUGUGCAAAAGUGUUACACGGAUUAUCGUUUUGCGAUGUUCAGUAAAGAUGUAGCAUUAGCCGAAGCGGCUGUGAAAGACUUCGAAAGAGCUUUCGAAAAGUACCCAAAUCCCCCAGAAUGUAUAUAUUGUUAUAUAUUGUAUGCUCAGAUGAUGACUGAAACUCAACACUACCAAAAGGCUGAUACUUAUUUUGCUAAAGCAAUAGAGAAAGAUCCAGAGAAUGCAACCGUCUAUGUGCACAGAGGUUUAUUGCAAUUGCAAUGGAAUGGUAAUAUUGAUAAAACUGUGGAGUACAUUCAUAAGGCAUUAAAAUUGGAUGAGAAAUGCGAGCUUGCGUAUGAAUCGUUAGGGAGUAUCGAAGUACAAAGAGGAAACAUAGAGGAAGCAGUAAGGUUAUUUGACAAGGCUUUGGUAUUCUGUCGUACAUUUAUGGAAUUAACACACAUAUACAGCUUGAGAGAUGCCGCGAAAACACAACUGAAUAUAAAGAAUCGACUAGGUAUGGACGUGAUUCGAUCGUCGUCUCGAUUCAUCCCCAAUUCUAUGUUUUAAAUUAUUAAGAAGUUAAAAAUAAAAGACCACUGUUACUAAACUACAAGAAUUAAAUUUUAUGUUAGCACACGUCACUUUUUAACAUACAGGGUAUCCCAAAAACUGAAGUCUGCGAAUAAUUUUACCCUAUUAUACCGCAUUUUAUAUAAAACAAUUUAUUUCUAACCGCAUUUGAUCUAUGAUUUACACAAAGUUAGUGACAUGAUAUACUAGUUGUAGAUUAUCAGCUUUAAAGUAUUUGUUGGCAACUGAUAAACAGCUAUUUAGAAUUGCUCAAGAUUUACUCUUUGUAAGAUUUUAUGUUUGUGCGGAUAUUAAAAUUUGUUAUUUGAGUAAUUUUGUGACUAAUCACAAAUUUUUUAAUUGAUUUUAAAGAAGUAUAUGUAUUUUUGUUUAAAACACUUUAUAUGUUGGAAAGAGCCUAUUAUUGAAAAUCGUACGACAUAAUCUCUUAACGUGAUUGUUUUCAAUCAAAUUAUAUAAAGUUUGUAUAAUAGAAACUUAUAUGAAAGUUAUUUUGUAGUUAUUUACAUUAUCCUGUGCGCAGAAAAUAAUGUAUUGAGAAAAUAAAUAUAGUAUACUUUCA